CUUUCGAAAUGAUAAUGCAAUUGGGAAUACAUUGAAAAGCUAGUACCAACAUUUUUCUAUUAUUUGCAAGCAUACUUACAAUCGUGUUAACUUAAUAGAGGAGAUAACCCUAACAUAACUAAAUGAAGAAUAACGUGUAGCUGACUCCAAAAAUUUAGAUAGAGAGACGUUGUUGUACUUUACAGGACAAAUAGGCUAUGCCCUUGUUCCGAUGAUCGCGAGGGGGGAGAUGUUAGGUCCCGAACAACCCGUAAUUCUCCACAUGCUCGAUAUUCCACCUGCCGAGGUGCUGAAUGGUGUGAAGAUGGAGUUGGUUGAUGCUGCAUUUCCUCUUCUUAGAGGUAUCUUAGCUACAACAGAUGUUGUUGAAGCUUGUGAUGGUGUAAACAUAGCCGUUAUGGUUGGUGGAUUUCCAAGAAGGAAUGGAAUUGACAGGGACACGAUGUCGAAAAAUGUUUCUAUGUACAAAGCUCAAGCUUCAGCUUUAGAAAAGCAUGCAGCUCCCAAUUGCAAGGUUCUGGUUGUUGCUAAUCCAGCAAACACCAACGCUCUUAUUCUAAAAGAAUUCGCCCCUUCGAUUCCUGAGAAGAACAUUACCUGCCUUACAAGACUCGAUCACAAUAGAGCUCUCGGCCAAAUCUCAGAAAGGUUAAAUGUUCAUGUCAGUGAUGUAAAGAACGUCAUAAUAUGGGGAAAUCAUUUUUCAACUCAGUAUCCAGAUGUUUAUCAUGCCAAAGUCGUCACCAGAGGUCGAGAUAAACCAGCCAGGGAACUUAUUGCCGAUGAUAAGUGGUUGAAUAAUGAGUUCAUCACCACUGUACGGCAACGAGGUGCUGUUAUCACCAAAGCACACAAACUGCCGAGUCCGCUGUCGGUAGCAAGUUCUGCCUGCGAUCACAUACGUGACUGGGCUCUUGGAACUCCUAAGGGAACUUGGGUGUCCAUGGGAGUGUACGCUGAUGGAUCUUAUGGUAUCCCUACUGGCUUAAUCUACUCCUUUCCUGUUACUUGCCGGAACGGAGAAUGGAAAAUUGUGCAGGGUCUAGCGAUCGACCAGUUUUCGCGAGGGAAAAUGGAUGCCGCAGCGAAGGAGCUCGUAGAGGAGAAGAGACUCGCAUAUUCAUGCCUCUAACUGACGCUAGCUGGUUCAUUCUGCUAAAACAGUACUAAUUAUAUUGGUCAUGAAGCGAGGAUGCUCCUAUAAUUUGAAGUACUUCAUGGUUUUCGCAACAAAAAUAGUUG